GAAGGAACCAACAAGACUUGUCGCCUGGCCCUGAUCUUCGUAAGACAACUACUUAUCUUCCUGCGGUGGGGCUUCCCAGAGCAGCCAACGUGAGCCAGCGCUGGGCUUGUGCAUGUAGCAGACCAUGAGUUAGUCGUGGGCCUGCACGGGGGGUGGAAGGGAAGUAGGUGCAGCCAUCCUCACCGUGAAGAUGCUAGCGGUGGCGGUGUGGGCGUGGGUGUGUACCAUGGGCGUGGGGUGGGCGGCAGGGGAGUGCGUGGCGGCUGAGGGGAUGGUGGAGGCUGUGAAGGGCGACGCGGCGAUCACGAUGCUUCUGCCCCUCCACCACGGCCCGCAGUGUGACCAGCUGGACUUCACAUCAGUACAAAUCAUGGAGGCUACCAAGCUGGCGGUAGAGAAGGUGAACCAUCUCAGUUUGGUACCUGGAGUCCGCCUGGGGCUGCGAGUGGCGGACACCUGCAGCUUGGAGGGACUGAGUGUGAAGGCGGCAGUACAAGCCUGGAUAGCUGAUGCCUUCGCGUGUCCUGAGCCAGUUCUCACACUUGGCUAUCUGGGUCCUGGUGACAUACACUCGGCGUCAGCAGUGAGAAAGGCCACACAGACCCUCGGCACGCCUGUGGUUGCAUACGGCCCGCGCCCAGCAGCUGCUGACGGGCUCAUCGACCUCAUCUCUCCAGCGCCCCAACGUUCCACACAGGCGGCAGUUCACGUGCUUAAUGGCGCCGGAGUGGCUGCCGUAAGCGUGGUGCACACAGCCGAUCUGGAAGGCAGGACGCUGUCCGAGCACUUCGUCACAGCAGCCGAAUACAUGUACAUUUGUGUGGAGACAGUGCUUGAGGCUAGCGACGGUGUUCGCUUGGCCGGAAAACUGCGGGGUGGCCCAGGCGCCCUGGUCAUCCUGGGAACACGACACGAGGUACAACGUCUGGCUCAGACUCUCAGUCAAAUUGGGGAUGUCGCAGAUCUCAUCGUUCUCGUGGAGACGGGCGGCCCCGUGCCCCAGGUGGAGCUGGCCAGGCUAGAGACGCCCACUCUCAUCCUUCAGCGCAUGGCUCCAGUCCUGUCUGAAUUUCAGCUUUUCCUAGAACGAGAUAUGAAUGAGGCUGAUUCCCUCCGCCGCCGUUACUUGGCGGCAGUGUCUGCCUGUGAAGCAUGCAGCGGUUACUUCGGUUACGAUGCUGCAGCCCCAGCCGCUAUCACUGCCGUGUUGAUGUAUGUUGAAGCGUUACGCAAGGCAAAAAUAACCCACUGUGAUGAGCAAAGCGACCUCUGUCCAGCACUGCGGUCCCUGGAGGCAUCUGUGUGGCGAGAACUGUUGACAACAGCCUCCUUGCAAGAGGUGGCCACGAUGGCCUUCCCAGACCUGGUCGAAGAAGGUCUGGACGCUGGGAGUGAAGAUCUACCUCGCUACAGAGUAAAGCUGCUUUUGGAUGGCAAUCUUACACAGGUUGGCCAGGCAGACGAGUCAUCGGCGGUGCUUGGGUUGCUGGAGCCUCUGGAAACCCGGUGUGGUACCCGAUGCCCCUGCCAUCUCGCCACACAGAUCCCUCCUUCCUCGACAGGAGGCAUAAACAUCCUGGGCGGCGCCGAGUGGUGGAACUGGGUGGUGCCAGACCCUAGCGAGCUGACUCGAUGGGAGCUUGCCGCCUAUGCCAUGGCCUUCACCUUCUUGAUAAUGAUCUUCCUCUUCUCCUCCCUCAUCUGCGUCUACAACGUCAUCAAGCCUCCCAACAGAAAUUAAAUGUGCCGGGGAAACUGCUUGCAACACAACACUAUACUGUUACAGAGAGGAUCGUUACCUGACACCACUGAAAGCAGAUGGAAUUUUGCUACGAGAAUAAUUAAUCCAAGCGGGAAAUAAACAAACUAAUGUAAU